AGCGCUGAAAAUUCAAAAAGUCCGAAAAAACUCCCGCGAUCUUGCCAUUCAUAAUGAACCUUCUUCAACCUCAAUCCUCAUUCUUUCCUUCUCUUUCUCUCUCCUCUGACUUCAAAAUUCAACCCUCUUUAGUAUCUCAAUCUCAUCAAUGGACAUCACAGAAAUAGCAAAGAAGCUCGGCCUCGCCGAUAAUAAACUCGUCAUCCGUAAAGCGGCGGAGUUUCGCCGUCUUUCCGAUGUCAAAUUCGACUCGUCCGCCAUUGGAGUUGGUGAAAUUUGCAAGGCAAUCAUUUGCAUAGAAAUUGCCGCCAACAAAUAUGAGGUUAUCUUUGAUCGGCAAGAUGCGAUUAAAUUCAGUGGCUUGUCGGAGAAAGCUUAUAAUAGAUCGUUUAAUUGUUUGCAGAAUGUCCUUGAUGUUAAGAAUAAUUUGGAUGUGAGAGAACUAGCGAUUCAAUUUGGAUGCGUUAGGAUUAUCCCAUUUGUGCAGAAAGGAUUAAGACUUUAUAAGGACCGAUUCUUUGCUUCACUUCCAGCUAGUAGGCGAGGGAGCACUGAUUUUACUCGUCCUGUUUUUAUUGCUGUGGCGUUCUAUUUAUGCGCUAAAAAGCAUAAGCUUAAGGCCGACAAAGUAAAGCUGAUUGAGCUUUGUGGCACUUCGGAAUCAGAAUUUUCUAGUGUGUCUAAUUCUAUGAAGGACCUGUGUCAUGAUGUUUUUGGAGUUUUGAAGGAGAAAAAAGAUCCAAAAGACGUAAAAGGGAACAGAGAAUUAUUGGAUGUUUUUCCUGAGAAAAGAGGAUAUGAAGAUGGUGGUUAUAUGUCCGACGAGGAGAAAGAGCCUUCAAGCUACAAGAAGCGAAAGCAGAUGGAGAAACAUGCUUAUGAGGACUGGAAAUCAACUGUAGUUACAUCAAUUAGCAAGGAAAAAGAUAAAGAUGUUACUAGCAAACGAGCAAAGCAAGCCCGGCUGAGCUUUCCAACGAUUGCUCGCGAUACUCAAGAUUUGAAGGUUACAUAGCCAUAUCCACACUCUUGCCCGGUGUUAAAUUUUGAAGUUAACCAUAUGGUCAUGAACACCUGAUUUAUGUUCAAUGGAUAUAGAAAAACACCCAAGAAAAUUUCUUUUCCUGAGUUUUUUUUUCUAUAAUUAGUAUUUUCAUUGGCUAAAUGGUGUAAUUGUACCCAAACUUUAAUGUGACAAUGUACAGAACAGAUAGUUUAACAUCACAGACCUGAGCCAAUAAUUCAUCUGUCAGUGAAAAUACAUGAGCUUAAAGCUUAAACAACAUGUGAUUUUUUGCCAAUUAUUUUAUAAAUCCUUUUAGAUAAGAUAUUUUAUUGCAAAGUUUAA